UCUGGUGGUGCUGGUGGUCGUCGUGGUGGCGGCGGCGGGCGAUGAGCUCCCAGAAAGGGAACGUGGCGCGUUGCCGGCCCCAGAAGCACCAGAACACGUUUAGCUUCCAAAAUGACAAGUUUGAUAAGAGUGUGCAGACCAAGAAAAUUAACUCAAAGGUUCACGAUGGAGUAUGUCAUCACUGCAAAGAAGUCCUGGAAUGGCGUGUCAAAUACAGCAAAUACAAGCCAUUAUCAAAGCCUAAAAAAUGUGUUAAGUGUUUGCAGAAGACAGUGAAGGAUUCUUAUCACAUCAUGUGUCGGCCGUGUGCGUGUGAGCUUGAGGUUUGUGCAAAAUGUGGAAAGAAGGAAGACAUUGUUAUUCCGUUUAAUAAAGAAACAGAAAAGAUGGAAGAUCUUGAAAAUAAUCUACAUUCUAAUCAUAGAAGAAGCCACAGAAGAAAUAAAGAAGAAAGUCAUGAUUUAGAUUUUGAUAUUGAUUUAGAUGACUCAGAAGAUGGCAAUGAGAUUGAUUAGUAUCAUUCUGUUGACUGUCCAAAACAUGAAAUUCUGAACAAGUUUUGCUCUUAAGUAUUUUACUAAAAAAUAUUUCGUGAAAUCCUAAUGUGGAAAUCAGAUGAAGCUCUAGAAACAAGCACAUUUUAUAUGGAGGAUGUUGGAUGUUACAGGUGGUAUUUGAAUAUAGACGUUUCACAGAGUUUCUUUAAAAUUUUGUUGCAUUUGCAAGAAUGCCUGCCAGAAUAAAUAUGGGGAAUUAUUCAGAAGAAUAUGCUUCCUAAUAUCAAGCUAACCAAGUUAUAGGAUUGAUACUUGCAUUAAAAGUAUGUAAUGUAAAAAUCAGAUGACAUUGGGCCGGAGAGACAGUGCAGCAGGUAGAGUGCUUGGCUUGCAUGUGGCUGACAUGUCUCUGGCAGCACGUAGUUUCCCCCAAUCCUGCCGGGAGGAUUCCAGAGCAUAGAACCAAGAGUCAGUCCUGAGAAUAGCUCAGUAUACCCCCAAAACAAAACAAACAAAAAGAGUCAGAUGGCAUUAUUAUCUUGCUAUCCUCAGGCAAUUGGUACUCUGGCAAUCACCUCAGACAGGCAUGUGUGCAAUGCCCAGUUAUGAUAAUGAAGGGAAGCAGGAAGGAGUUGGGGGAAAAUCCGUGAAUAAAAACUCGGGUGCUUAGUAAACAUUAGCCAGGCAUAUGCUAAGACUCCAUGUUUGAAAAAAAAAAAAAAAACACUGAUAAUCAGUAAACAUGUUUUGGUAGUUUGUGCUCAA